UGACAUGAGCGAUAUUGAUCCAUCGAGAAUAGAUGGCCCUGGAAGAUAUAAAACCAAAGUCCCCUCCUACAGCCAGGAAACAGAGACUCAAGUGGUCCAAGAUUCUGUCACCAUGCUGUCUGUGGCACUGCUCUACAUUUUGGCCGUGGUUUUUCCAGCAGUGAAUGCAUUACCUUUAUACUCAGAUACAGCUCUAACACCACACGAAGACUUCCUUCAGAAACUGGUGACAGAAAUAGAGGAUGACCAGAGCAAUGACGUAAGCGCACAAAGAGAUGUCAAAACCAUCCUUCCUAUCUUGCUUCACCAUGAAAGAGACAGAGACUCUUGGCCUAAGGGAGAGAAAGAAAAUCUCCAGCAGGAUAAAAUGAACCACAUGGUGGAUGACUUAAAGGAAGUAGUCAGGAAACUAGCAGCAGCAGAUAACCUGCGCUCUCAAGGCUUUCUCCGAUCUGAGCAGAACUUACCCAAGCCCAACAAGAGAGGUCAGACUUGGCUUUGUGAAAUAGCUGCAUGAUUUGU